AUGAGUCGGUCCACAGACGUGUUCGUCAACUUAAGUCUUUCCAACGCACAUACGCCAGCACGACCCUCCAGCACGUCCAGCACAGGCAGCAGAGGCAGUGGUAGCUCUGCAGGGAGAACGGCGUCAGGGGCGGCGGCUGGAGUGCGGGUCAAACAGGAGCCCGGUACGGAAGACAACUAUGGCUGUCCUGGUUCGUCCAUGAAGGCGGAGCUAGACGCAAACGGCGGGAGGAGCGCCUGCAUGAUAAGCGGUGCUGAGAACACAGCCAAAGGGGGUGGCAUCAAAGCAGAGCCUCUGUCUGAGAACUCUUGUCCUGGGCUUAACCGCUGCGGUGCUGCCCCCUCAUCCUCCUCCGCUUUGUGCACACAGCUCACCAACGGCAACGCGGCCAAAAGCAAAGAGGACGACCCCAACGAGGACUGGUGCGCCGUUUGCAUCAACGGCGGCGACCUGCUGUGCUGCGACCGCUGUCCCAAAGUGUUCCACAUGAAAUGUCACGUGCCCACCAUCAAGAUCUUCCCCAAGGGGGAUUUUCUCUGCACAUUCUGCCGGAGCAUAUCGAGUCCGGAGAUAGAGUACUGUGACGACAGCAAGAGAGUCAAAAGUGAUAAAGUCCUCAAUCUCGAGGACCAGAGGCGGUGUGAGCGCCUCCUGCUGUACAUCUUCUGUCACGAGCUCAGCGUGGGCUUCAGGGAGCCCGUCCCCAGCUCUGUGCCAAACUACUACCGAAUCAUCAAGAACCCCAUGGACCUGACUAAGGUGAAGAGAAAGCUGCAGCUGCGCAGCUCCCAGGACUACAGCACCAUCCAGGAUUUUGUGUCUGACAUGCGCUUGGUCUUCAAAAACUGUGCAAAGUACAACGAGAUGUCUCGAAUAAUCCGGGUUUACGAUGACGACAAACCCAUUAAUACACAGGAGGGAUCAGAGAUGGCCAUCUCGGGCAAGGCGGUGGGCCUGUACUUUGAGGAGAAGCUGCAGGAGAUCUUCCCCGGACAGAACUUCCCCGUCACGGCUGACGACGACAUCCCCGAGACGCAGGAGCGGCAGGCGGACGAAACUGAGGACUCCGAGGACGAGUUUAUCCAGCCGCGACGCAAACGAUUGAAAACGGACGAGAAGUUGGUCCACAUCAAGUGAGGACGGACGAGGCGAGGGGGUGGAGGAAAAGAAAACUGUUUUCCUCACAUCCCCCCUUUUGUGACAAAAAGGACAAACAGCCUGGAGUGGUUUACUGGCAUUUGUAAAAAAAUACUACUAAUAAAAAAAGACUCAGCAGUUUCAUAAAGCUUUCACAACUUGGCUUGUUGGAAGAUUUGAAGUGGAUUAUUUUACAGCAACAAGGACUUCCUUCUUUUCAUCCGUACAUGACAGCAUUGGCGUCAUGACCCAGCGUGUAAGGUACAGUGUUUAGUUUUUAGGACCAGGGGGAUCCUGUGGAGUGUGUGACCUGAUGAAACAAACACCGUGUGCAUAAGAGAUGAAAAUAUUCCUGCAGUGUUCCUCAUUGGGUGCAUCCUCAAAAAAAUGCUGUUUUAAAAUAUAUUAAAAGAAAAUAUAUGUCGUGGAGUCGUAUAUAACUCAAUGUGUGCUAUGUCCAGCCAAUUGACUGGUAUUGUCUAAGAUGCUUUUCUUGAUUGUUUUCAAGCUGCUGGGCCUCCUUUGAAGUCUCCUUGGUCCCUUCCACUGUAAACUACUACUGUUAGAACAUUCAAAUGUUUUACAAGUUACAUUUUUAUCUGGUUCCUGUAUAUGACUGCCAGAUAUUUUUUUCUUUUAUUUUGCUUUCUUGUAUUCGCUGGGCUACUGAUUGUUUUCAUCUUUAAUGGCCCCUCUACAUAUGACGUGAGAAGAAACAAUACAGCACCAUA